CCGCCGAUUAAACGAGACCUCCAUCUUGGUCCCAGUCAACUUAUUUUUCGCCGAUUUUUAUUUUAUUUCUUCUCGAGGUGGCAGGAGAGCUGAUUUUGUCUCAAGGGUUAUCUUAAACAGAAUUUAUUUGGGGGAAGAAAUUUGAUUAUCGCGACACACACAAAAAAACAAAAACAAAAACGGCGAACGAACAAAGAUGAAUCGUUGGUAUUGGUGCGACUCGAGCUUAACGUCUGGAGAGGCAGUUAGGUCGACCGUCAAUGGGAUCCGGUUGUAUGACGGGGAUAAGAAAACGAGCUAUGACGACGGAAGGCUGACCCUGACCAACCUGCGUCUGUUGUGGAGGCACGAAAACCAGUCCUCCUCUCUGGGGCUCCACCUCGGCCUCGUGGUGCUGGUGGAGGAAGAGUCGGGCGGCUUCACCUCCAGUCCGAAGUUGGUCCUCCACCUGGCUCUCCCUUCCCACACACAACCCGCUGGACCUGUGGCUUCUAGCGGCUACUCUCACAUUAAACUCUCAUUUAGACAAGGAGGAUGUUCGAGCUUUCAUCAAGUGCUGCAAAGGGCUCUGGGUGACGCGGAAUGGGAGAGGAUAAAUACUCAAUCCUUGCCGCCACCCAGCCGAGGCAACCAGCCCAUGCCUGGGGGCAGGAAGAUCCACACAGGUAUCUUGGGCAUAGAGCGCGACAUCCAAGCAAAACAAGUGGAGACGAGUCAGAAUAUCAGCCGUGCCUUCGAGGACUUGAAGAAUCUGAUGACUCUCGCCAAGGACAUGGUUUCACUCUCUAAGAAUAUUUCCAACAAGAUCAAAGAGCACUCUGGGGAUAUAUCGGCCGAUGACACGACCCAGUUCAGAUCGUACCUCCUAAGCCUCGGCAUUGACGAUCCAGUGACGAGAGAAACUUACGGAUCUGCUACAGAAUACCACAAGAGCCUUGCCAGGGAAGUGACGCAGGCACUAGAAGAUGCCGUCAAGGAUGCUGGAGGGAUGAUGCUCCUCUCAGAAGUUUACUGCCGCAUAAACCGGGCUCGGGGGCUCCAGCUGCUGUCGCCGGAAGAUGUCGUGCACGCAUGCCAGGUGAUGCAGCUCCUGGGACUGUCCCUCAACCUACAUACAUUCGAGUCGGGCGUGCAGGUACUCCAGACAGCCGGCUUAGAUCAAGAAGAAGUGGUCAGGGAGACGGCAGAGGUCCUGAGUCAGCACGAGUCGGAUGGGGUUUCGGCCGGAGACUUGGCGCGGGAGUGUGGCGUCCCCUUGCUCUUGGCUCAGGAGAGGCUCUUUGCGGCCGAGAGGUGUGCCAAGGCCGUGAGAGACGAAUCAAGUGAGGGGCUUCGGUUCUUCCCCAAUCUCUUUUCUCAGAGAGCAUGAUUUGCAACCUCAGUCUAUUGCUUGCACGCACGUCUUUAGGCAAAGUAUGUGUUGAACACAGAAGUCGCAAGAAAAAUUUAUUUGCCAAUUGUCAUUAAAUGAAAAUCCAAAAUGUGAAAUUAUAGUUUAUUAGAAGUAAAAAAGUGUUUUAUAAGGGAGAGAAUUAUUAUUAGUCUAAUUAUUAUUAUCAUUUAUAUUACUAUUAUUAUUGUGAUUUCUAUUCCACUUGCUAUUAUUGAUUGACUAAUUAAAUUAAUUAGUUGAUUGAUUACAAUUUUAUUAAUUUGUGAAAUAGCAUGUAACUACACCUAGAUAUAAACAUUAUAUAAUAUACAUGCAGUGUAACAUGACAUGUAGAAUCUUUAAUAAAUAAUGAAAUAUCA